AUUGACGUCCAGCGACAAUGGCGACCCGGGGCCUGGUGGCUGCCUGGAGCUGCCCACGCCUCGUUGGCCCCUUAAUCAAACCGGGGGGGUCCAGAAUGAGCUUGUCCCGACUCCAUACGACUGGCGGGUCAGCUGCCAAGGACUACUACGAGGUGCUCGUCCUGGGCGGAGGGACCGGCGGGAUCGCCAUGAGCGCACGGAUGAAGAGGAAAGUUGGGGCGGACAACGUGGCGGUCGUGGAGCCCCAGGAGAAUCACUAUUAUCAACCGAUCUGGACGUUGGUCGGGGCAGGAGCGAAACCCCUGGCGCCGUCUUCCCGUCCGACGGCAAGCGUGAUCCCUCCGGGGGUCCAGUGGAUCCGGUCGCGAGUGCAAAACCUGGAUCCGGACAAGAACUGCGUCCAUUUGGAGAACAACCAGAAGAUAUCGUACAAGUAUUUGAUCGUUGCCCUUGGGCUGCAGCUCCAUUUUGAAAAGAUCAAAGGCUUGCCGGAAGGUUUCAAUUCACCGAAAAUAGGUUCCAAUUAUUCUGUCCACACGGUGGAGAAAACGUGGAAGGCUCUGCAGGGUUUCCAGGAAGGAAAUGCCAUUUUCACUUUUCCAAACACCCCCGUGAAGUGCGCCGGGGCACCGCAAAAGAUUAUGUAUUUGUCCGAGGCGUACUUCAGAAAGACUGGGAAAAGACCCAAAGCCAACAUCAUCUUCAACACGUCCCUUGGGGUGAUUUUUGGUGUCAAGAAGUACGCCGACGCUCUGCUUGAGAUUAUCAAGUCCAGGAACAUCACCGUGAAUUACAAACGGAGCCUAAUCGAAGUUCGAGCCGACCGACAGGAAGCCGUCUUUGAGAAUUUGGACAAACCUGGGGAGACGGAGGUUUACCGGUAUGAAAUGCUUCAUGUCACACCGCCCAUGGGACCCCCGGCUGUUCUUCUCAACAGCCCAGUGGCUGAUGGAGCUGGCUGGCUGGACGUCAACAAGGAGACGCUGCAACAUAGAAAAUAUCCCAAUGUGUUUGGGAUCGGCGAUUGCACCAACCUCCCCACUUCCAAAACAGCUGCAGCCAUAGCUGCCCAGUCUGGGGUACUCGAUAAAACACUUUCUUCCGUAAUGAAGGGCAAAACUCCAAGUAAAAAGUACGAUGGCUACACGUCUUGUCCCCUGGUAACAAACUACAACCGAGCGAUCCUAGCGGAGUUUGAUUACAAUGCUCAACCUCUAGAAACGUUUCCGUUUGACCAAAGCAAAGAGCGGUGGACAAGUUUUCACAUGAAAGCCAAUAUGAUGCCUUCUCUUUACUGGUAUGGGUUACUGAAGGGAUAUUGGGGUGGUCCAGCUCCUAUAAGAAAAUUGCUACAUCUUGGGUUGAAGUGAUGUCCAGAGCAGCUAAAACCCAACCAGCACAGAACAUGGCAUUUUGUGGAACUGACAGAAAUUCUGCACAAUUCUAUCAUUCCUGCACCAAUAAAAUUGUUUAUCUCAGGAAGGAGAGAAGCAUCAGACUCAUCUGUACAGUAUUUUAAAACCUAUGCACUGUCUCUAUUUUUACAACUUCUGGCUAGAUUAGUGGGAAAGCAAUAUCUACUACGGACAGUCAGUGGUUCUGCUUUUAGCACAUGAUUUUGUCCUAUUUACCCUUGAUGUAAUACUGAGUCAUAAGGUCAGUGUCUACAGAGUUUUUUUGUUACUGUUCUAGCUGGUACAGUGGCUAAAAGUAUAACCUCAAAUCACCCCCGUGCAAACCUUGCCUAACCCACAAACCUUGGAUGGCCUUGUGGACGCUAUCAUCAUUUAGACACGAGCUGAUAUUUAUUACCACUGCAACACCAACCUUAAACAACGGUGGUCAAGGAUGCUGGAAAUAUUUCUACAUUGAACAACCGAAAAGCAGACUUUUCAUUCAGGAAAGGUUGGCAUACUAGCCAAGCAUCCGUUUGUUUUAAACGGACAACAGAAAUUAUGCCUCAGAUCUUUGCAAUUAAUGAUAAAGCAUGUUGCUCUUGAUGAACUAAGCGCAGGCAAUGUUUUCCAGCCUCUUACAUCUGUUGGUGGAUUGCUAGAUGUAUAUACUUUGUGUUAUCUUACUUAAUGCUAGUUAGUGACCCACACUAUUAAUGUGUGGGAACACCUCCGACUACAGGUGUUGUUUGUUGCUGUUAUAGGAUUCUGUUCAUGCUGUUGGCCUCUCCCCAACAGAAAAGAAGAUGAUGAUGGUUCCAUCCCCAGCAAAAUGCUGGAAGCACUGUCUAAGCAUAGAGCAUUAAAAUCACAAAUACAAAUUCAGAAUCAUUAUGGAUGGUAGAUGGUUUUUAAUCAAGGCCACGUUGUCGAGACUUUCAUCCGCAUGAAAUACAAUAAUUAAGAACAGAAAAAUCUUCACAGAAGUUGGUAAUUUAUUGCCGAACCAGGCAUGGACUUU